GCUUUUUGGAACACCUUCCUUUGUUUCCCCUGCCCGCAAAAGCUAUUUUUAUCAGCCCGUCAGUUGUUCCUUCCCUCCUUGCAAACUCCACGACAGCCAUGUCCCACGGAACGACGCACAGAAAUGCAAAACAGCCAACGGCAAGGACAGCUCAGAAGCCAAAGUCUAUCUUUGGAAACCUAUUUGGUUGGUCUUUGGUGGUUGGUCUCCUUGCUGUCGUGAACUACUACCAGCAGCCUUUUGCCGGCGCCGUUGAGAAUAUAACAGAGUAUGCUGGCCUGUGUGGUUGGAAUCCUCCUGAUCCCAAUGUGGGCCUCACAGGUUACCAACGGAUAGAUGGUCCCAUCGGCUGUGAGGACAUUGUCAUACAUCACAAAACUGGGCUCGCUUUCAUGCCGUGUUCCAGCGUGGAAGGCAGACAAAGCUUCUUUCCUCCUCUGGCACAUUUCGGUGAGGAGAAGGAGACUACGGAACCCGUUUAUGUGUAUGACAUAAAGAAAAAAUCCGUCAAGCGUUUGACUCUUAAAGGUUUCCCUCAUGAACUUCAUACCCACGGUGUCGGUUUGUGGCAAGAUCCCGCCGAUUCCUCCAGCAUUUACCUCUUCUUCAUUAAUCACCGACCAAGUGGCUCGGUUGUCGAAAUCUUUACUCAUGAACUUGGGACCGAUGUUCUGAACCACAUCGAAACUGUGUCCCAUCCUCUCAUCCUUACACCCAACGACAUCGUUCCAAUUGGCCCCCGCACAUUCUAUGUCAGUAACGACCACCAUUUUCGAAAGGGAGCCUGGCGGGUUUUUGAAGAUUUUACACGUAGACCGUGGUCCACGAUUGUGCUUUGGAACGAAGGGAAAGCGAAAAUUGUUGCGAAAGGCAUUCGCGGUUCAAACGGGCUCGCCAUCAGUCCAGAUGAACAAUUUUUGUACAAUGAUGCAGUGAUAGGUGCAGAAUUGCAGGUUUACAAGAUCUUGCGGGAUGAUGGAUACGCAUUGCAGCUUCUGGAUACGGUCAAGACUGGAUUUUUGAACGACAAUAUUGCUGUGGAUCCAGUAUCGGGAGAUUUGUACAUCACCGGUCACACCCAUGCCUUAAAAUUCUUUGACCACGUUGGCGAUACAAACAAACCUUCACCAUCCCGAGUUGUACGGGUAUAUCGGUCCUUCAAUACAUCGACGCAGUCAGACGAAUGGAAGGUGGAGACAAUAGUGUCCGAUGAUGGAGGCAUUAUAUCUGGUGCAACGAUCGCUGCCGUUGACCCUGCAACUAAUAUUACCUUGAUUGGAGGCCUUUUUACUCCAGUCGUUGAAAUUCGAGGCUUGGUAAAAAGUUCACGCUAAUAGGUACAAUCUAUAGCUGCCAUAGCUGCCUGUGAAAAUUCCUCCCCGUGACGAGGGUUAGCGUAGUGUAACUGAGAGCAUUGCCGAAGAAUAUUAGUAGGGUUUCGUGACAACGGUGGAGACAACAUGCGAUGAGAUAUAUAGUAUUCCUUAACAAGGACAACAACAUUACAGAAUGAGAAUGCCUCGUAUAGUCUCUAGUAUUGACUCAAGUGACAAUGGCUCUCUUAGGGGCAACAGAGGACCCCAGUCUAUCUCCUCCCAAACCGUGUUUAGAGGUCUUUGCUGUGCUGCCGAAGCCGCCUUAAUAAAGUUAGGGAAACUGCUCAGCCGCAUCAUGGUUGUCACAUUCUCUAAAGCCCCUUUAAACAAGUCUGGGUGGUAGUUGUGUUUAUCCCGAAUUUCGACCAAGAUUCUGCGAUGGAUACUCUGCGGGAGAUUGAUCUCUUUGUCGGCUCCCUCCGUCAUGUAUGUUUUAAUGAGAGUCUCCAAGUCUUCCCGAAGCGAUGCGAGAAUGGGCUUUAGGUCUGGCAAAGACGGUUCCUUAUCCUUGGCAACAAGUGGUGCAGGUGCUACAAUGCUGUCGGAACUUUCGGCAGUGGGAUUUGGGGUUGUCUCCUCGGUGGGCGUGUUAACCAGAGUACGCUCAGCUGCUUUCGAGGUAUGCACGCUGUCAACGGAUCGGCGGAGACUCGCCCGACUCUUUCUGAGCUCAUCCAUGGAGGGUCGAAGGUUAGCUCGACUUGCGUUUCGUUGUUUCAGAGCAUUGAAGAUGGGCAAGGCGCGUUGGCGAUACCGUUGGAUGUCUUGGUAAAACUCAAUGUUUUCCUCGCUAUGCUGUUAAGGAGAUGGGCAUGGAAGAAAUCAAACUGCUAAGGCAAACUGUAUCACGUCAAAUGUUUACCUCUUUUUGCAAGAAUG